GCCCGAACUCAAUGUUUUCCAGCAUUGCGAUGUGCUGUCAUGAGUCGUUGACGAGGGCCAGAUUCGAGGGCCGACAGACAUCCCCGCCAAAAAUAGUUAGAAUUUGUUUACAUGGCAACGCCGCUACGUGGAGAUCAACAUCAAAGCUCGAGUUAGACACAAGCAUCCAUCCCACUUUGAUCGAACCCGUCAACCCCGACGGCUCGAACCAGACCUUGUGCCUUCCCCCAGCCCAGCAAGCCCAGGGUUUAAUUGCAUUGCGACCUCUCUCGCGUGCGUGUCUGACGAAUUUUUAUCCAGAAUCGUCCGGUUGCUGCCGCCGCGAGCAUCGCAAACAGUUCGACAUUUUUAUUAUUUACUUACUUUGGAAAUUUGAGCCGCGUUUCCUUUUGCGCUACCGAUGCGAACCCAAGGCCGGCACGUCAAGCAACCCAAGUUUUACGUCGCCGCAGGUUAGCAGCCGUCGAGGCAAUGAUUGAAUCGGACAACCUACGCACAGCGUCGCUGUACAUCAACAACCAGCUGCUGUCGCGGGGCCUUCUGCGCGAUGGGCAGAAUAUCGACUUCGCAGCCCCGGAGACGGAUCCCGCGGGGUUGCAGGUGACCAUGGGGCGUGUCAUGAGUGUGGUCAACGACUUGAUUCUGCGGCGUGAUCGCGAUGCCGCCCAGCGCGAGUCCUUGAGCAGAAGCCUGCUCAGCCUGCGCGCCGACGCCCAGCGGCAAGCCACCGAAGCUACCCGCCGAAACGACAAGCUAGCCGAGACGCAGCGCAAGCUGGAUGGCGCCGAGGCGACAGAACGAGCCCUGCGAACACAACUAAAGACCACCGAAACCACGGUCCACAAGCUCAAGGACGAGAUGGCCAAGAUGCGGGUGCUAGUCGCGCAGAGCCGCGCCGCAUGUGCCACCGAGGUGCGCAAGCGGGAUCGCCAGAUCGACGGCUUGAAGAAGGCCGUGUCGGAUGCCGGUAGAGUCCGGGGAGGCGGCAAGAACAGCAACGUGGUGGCGAUCAGCGUCACGGGAGACAGUGGGACCGAGGGGAGCGGAGACGGCGUUGCCAGAGGCGGUACUGAGGAGGACGGUUACAGUCUGCGCUUGGAGACGAACGAGUUCCUCACCGAGCUGGCGCGAGGGUUAAGCGAGGAGAAUUCGGUGCUCCUCGACUUGAUGCGCCGCACCGUCGAUUCAUUGCGUGAGAUGAGUGGGCUGGAAGCAGCGUUGGACGAAAGCGCGAGGACGAGUAAGGGUGGAGACGCUAUUCUGCCGCCGCCGCAGAGGGGCGCCGAGGAACUGGCUAUCGAGAUGGAGGGCAUCAUGGAGCAUCUUAGGACGAUACUCACGAACCCCUCCUUCGUGCCCAUCGAGGAAGUCGAAGUCCGCGAGGUUGAAAUUCAACGGCUGCGAGUGGGCUGGGAACGCAUGGAGGCCCGGUGGAAGGAUGCUGUUCACAUGAUUGAUGGUUGGCGCAAACGUAUGGCAUCGGGUGGCACCUCGGUCAAUAUGGAGGAAUUAUCAAUGGGAUUGCGUCUAAGUCCUGUGCGCAUCAGAAAUGUCGUCGAAACGAUCGAGAACGAGGAAUUCGCCGAUGAGGAGACCCGUGACGUGCGCCGAGAGCUGUCAUGCGUACCUGAGGAAGCAGAGGAUGAGAUUUCUCAAAUGCUGCCAAGUCACACCUCGCCAGACCCCGCCGAGUCGCUGCAUCUUGUACCGGCUCCUGGCUAUAAGCCUGAGGAAGUAGGAGAGGAGGAGGAGGAGGAGGAGGAAGGCGGUGAUUCGGAUUCCAGCAUCUUCCAAGACGACUUAGAUGUUGAGGACCUCGACGCCGAGGAGCCCAACAUUCUGAUUCUCCAGGAGUCCACUGCAACCUCAGUGGGCUCACCUCCUCUUCCCAUUCCCCCUCAGCUAAGUCCACUCAAGGACUCGUAUUCGUCCGCCAAUAGGGGAUCAGCCAACAGCAACAACGGUUCAUAUCGCAAAAGACAAGGCGACUUCACCAUUGUGGAGGAAAACAUUUGGGAUCUGGCUGCCGCGGCCGAGGAACCUCCUCUGCCACCUCCUCACGUCACCAAACCUCAGCAGUCACCGCAGAAGUCGGUCAAAUCAGUUCCAGACCUCCAAGAGCCGUCAAGGCCCCCAACAGCAUCACAUGAUAGCCCUCUCUUCGGGAGCUCGCUCGAGUCACCCGCUCGCUCCAAUCCUUCUCGCAAGCUCUUCUCGAAGCCAUCGUUACCCGAACCAGAACCUGUGGUGCAAAGCCAACCCAGGUCACACCCGAUAUCUGAACCUGCGCGGCCAAUAACCAGGAAGAAGCCCGCCGCAAAGAACCCAACCUCCGACGCGUCCGCGUCGUUAGUCAAGCAGACAGCUAAACGUACAACGUCGGCCCCAGAUCCGAAACAAACACCCUCUUCGAAACCAAUCACACGAUCCAAGUCCACCACGACAGACACUCGAACCCGAUCCCCCGUAAAGGCCCCCGGGUCAUCAUCACGUCUUCCCCGCCCCAACAACCCCGGGCCCCAACAGAGCCCUCUCACGAUGGCAACCAUAGCCGCCAAGCUGGCCGCCUCGGAGCGCGAAGCAGACGCCGCCCGCGUACGCGCCAAGCUCAAGGCUGCUCGUGCGGGGCGGCGGCAAAGCAUCAUGCCCGCACAGGUGCCACUUCCCGAUGACUCGGCAGCAGCAACAGCGGAGAAUGUGGCGGAUCCCGUCAAGAAGGACGCGGCGGCCCUAGAUCAGGAGCGGGCAGUGCGGAAGUCGCAGAACGAAGACCUGAAGAAAGACAUGAUCAUUGUUGAGGAACUGGAGAAGGAGCCCGAAGCUGAGAUUGUUGCGAACCUCAAACCUGAGAAGCGCAAGCGGGAGAGGAGGACAAGCAAGGUUGUUUCGAGGAGGCGGUCCACUUUGAGUCCAUGGGAACUGGAGAGUUUGAUCCAGGGCAAUCUCGAGGUGGAGAGUCCUGCGAGGUGAAAGUGGUGCUGGGACGUAUUCGGAUGAAAGUUAUGUGAUGAGUAGUCAUGAAUUGUGCAGACCUGGGCUGGCUUGCUGACAGACUGUCUGGAUGGGAGGCGGGCGUGCUUGGGGAACUGAAUAAUGAUUGGCUGUAAUGAGGAGUUCAUGGUUGGGGGGAACUUGAUUGGAUUAUUAAGUAUCUUUGAUUAUACAGGCAGCAUAUCAUGAAUCUGAAUUGUGGCAAUUGCUUCAUCUGCAUAGAAGACAGUCGACUGGUACACACAUGUUGGGUGGCCGCGAAUAGGGG